AUGAAGCCCUUUACCUGGGCCCUUUCGUUUUUAUCCUGUCUGUCGCUUGUGUACGGCCUAUACGAACAUGUUCCAGACUGCGCUUUGCCAUGUCUCUUCGAACCGCUCGACCACACGCCUUGCGAUUUCUCGAACUCCACAUGUCUAUGCCUCGACAUGAGUUACAACAUGGCCGUCAUCCACUGCGUCCGCGUGCAAUGUAGUGUCCAGCAGGCAUUGAUGACGAAGAACCGAACCUGGGAGGACUGCGGGCUCGAAUAUCACGAUGAAGGCGCCGCGAUCUUCUGGGUUCCCGCGUUUCUUUUCGGCUGCGUCACCCUAUUCUUCGUGGCUCGGUUGGCAACGAAAUGGAUGGGCCUCUCAACAUGGGGCUGGGACGAUUGGACCAUCUUGUUCGCAUACUGCAUGAUGAUUGCGUUUUUGGUCGCGACAAUAGUAGGAAGACAGGAAGGAUUCGGAAAAGACAUCUGGGCGCUCACUGUGUCACAAAUCACCUCCUUUGUAAAGGGCUUCUUCGCAUUCGAACUCAUGUAUUUUGUGACUCUGGCGGUUAUAAAAGCCUCGAUCCUAUUCCUCUACCUACGAAUAUUCGGCGCCAUCACGGACGUAUUCCGCCAGAUUCUUUGGAGUACACAAAUCUUUAACGUCGCCGUAUGCAUCACCUUCAUCAUUGUGAACCUUAAUCAGUGCAAGCCUCUUAGCUACUUCUGGUACGGAUGGGACGGGAAAUACCCUGGAUACUGCAUCGAUCUAUCCGCCAUGACGCUCUCGCACGCUUCCCUUAACAUCGCCAUCGACGUAUGGAUGUUGGUUCUCCCGGCAACACAGAUCUAUAAACUCAACUUGCAGAAGAGGCAGAAGGCGGGUAUUAUGUCCAUGUUUGGCGUCGGUAUCUUUAUCACGGUUGUCAGCGCCGUGCGUCUAAGGAGCGUAUCGGUCUUCAACAAAUCGUGGAACCCGACAUAUGACUUUUUUGGCCUUGCACUCUGGUCACACAUCGAGCUGUGUGUGGGCAUGGUGGUCGCAUGCAUGCCGGCGGCCCGGACUCUGGCUAGACGCCUCUUCCCAGACCUUCUCUACGUCACCAACCUAUCGACUAACAGGGGAUCGACUAGAGCGUCGGGGAACGUCAAGAUUGUGUCUCAAGACAUUGCAACGAUCGUCACCGACGAAGCCCCCGAGUCUUCGACCGCAAAGUCCAAGCAGAAGGGCUCCCUCGGCAGUGUAACACCAGACCGCGUGCCCCUGCGGCGACUGACGACGGAUAGCGUUCUGGAGAUCAUGCCCAGCGAGCCGUCUCAGUCAUUAUACGGCGGGUCGUGUCGAGACAGAAAGAUGAGUGAUUGGUAA